AUGCAGUCGCAAAAUCAUCGCUUAGAUGGCAGACAGUCGUGGCUGUUGUGUUUAAUUGAUGCUAUCUCGGUCUACGGCUUCUCCAUCGUAUCUGAUCACCAUGGACAACUUCAACGAGCCAGAUCGGUAUUAAAAGUAACUGGACCUGAUAUGGUACGCAUUUGGCUGGUUGAUGAUUGGUUUGGUAAACGUGUAACGUAUAAUGCCACGGUUUCAGACGAGAUUAUCGUUAGCGUUAUGGGGUGGGAGGAUUGGCUAUCCCGCCAAUCAAGGAGACACUGGAUAAAUGCCAAAGGAUUUGUUACGAAACAGGGCUCAAUAUCACACAAGCAGAAGUUUUAGCCAG